CAAAAAAAAAAUCGAUGCUGUCGCCAGUCGUUGGGCGACACAGUGGUUGAAAGGCAGGAAGCAUGUCGGAGCAGCCGGACAACAACACCUACGAGCAGGAGUGCCAGCGGGCGGAGCUGCUUGGCCUCCAGCCGCCGGAUCCCCAAGAGUUCGAGCGGAAGCGGCAGGCGAGAUUGGAGCACGAGAUGGCCGAACAGGAGGCCGCCGAGGCGGUGCUGCUGGAGCAACAAGACGAGAGCCUGGGCCAUGUGGGCGGCAAGCUGGGCGAGCUCAACAGCAUCCUGUCCAGCACGCAGCAGAAGCUGAAUCGCUUCAAGCAGACGGCCUGUGGCAGUCUGACCAACAUAUUUGCUCGUGGCAGUUCGGGUUCGGUGGAUCUGUCGGCUGGCGUGGGCGUGGGCGGAUCGGGGGCACCGAUAAUGGGCGGCCAGGAGGAGCGCAGUCCGCCGGUCCAGGAUCAGCCGAUGGCCAAGCCACCGCCAACGGCCGAGGAGGUGAGGGCCGCCAAGGCGGCCAAGCAGAAGCGCAUGGACUCGCAGCUGGACAAGUUGGAUGCGCUGAUCAACCAGGCGGACAAUGCCCAGAUCUCCAUGAGCGAGCAGACCCAGCAGAUGCGCCGCCUGGCCAAGUGAAUGACUGCACGGAAUCCAACUUUAUUUACCCUCAACUUCGCUCCUCAGGUGCAGGUGCGUCUGCGUCGCCUGAUCCUGGCCAGACUUGUGCCCUCCUCUUUGUUUGGAACGAAU